ACCUGGAUCCAUAUCUUACUUCACAUCUUUGUCUCUCUCUUUUGCAGCUUUGCUACAAAACAAAGAUGGCCAUCUCCAGAAACAUUGCUGCUUCACUUGUUGUUUUCUCUCUCUUGCUUCUCCACCUCACUCAAGCUGAAGAACUGAUGAGCUUUGAUGGAGCAGUAGCACCGAGCCCUUCACCGCAGCCACAGACCAUUGAUUGCGGAGUAGCCUGUCAAGGGAGAUGCAAACUAUCAAAGAGGCCAAAUCUCUGCAAAAGGACCUGCGGGAGCUGCUGUGCCAAGUGCAACUGUGUUCCCCCAGGAACCGCUGGCAACCAUGAAGCCUGUCCUUGCUACGCCCGAUUAACCACACGCAACAACAUUCGCAAGUGUCCUUGAUUUCAUAGCCAUAUAUGUUCAAGAUUCAUUAUGUUCUUGAGGAAGCAAUUUCAUGUUUCCUCCCAAAAUAAUGCAAAUGAACAAAUCUUUCCAUUUCCA